UUGUUAUGACUUUCUAUUUGGCAUUUUUUUAGCUGUCAUAUGGCGGACACGGGCUUCCAUACACAGUCUCCACCACAAAAUGAAGCAAAAUAGAAAGAUGAGCAGCUCAGCAUCCUUGCCUGCCUCCAUCCUCACAUCAGCAGCCCUCCGCAAACCGAGGAGGGUUCAAACCCGUCCACCCUGCACAGGGAGAAGGGACGCCAUCUUGUAAGUUUACCUCCUGGAGGAGAGGAAGGAGAGCCGCAGCAGGGACCGGCCGGCGCCACACCAACACAGAAAGACAUACCAACCGUUGGAAUGACUCUUCUGGUCUUCCAUAGAGGGCAGCCGUCCUUGUAUCCUGUGAAUGUUCUCUAGAUGAUAGAAGGCUGACUUUGUUACCGUCUAUAUGAGCCUCUGAAGGUUCAGGCCCAACGCCUGCUCCCCUUCUCCUUUUCCCCUGUGCUGAGAAGGCGAAGGGACGAUGUUUUAUGCCCACUUUGUCCUCAGCAAACGUGGGCCGCUGGCCAAAAUCUGGCUGGCGGCCCACUGGGACAAGAAACUGACCAAGGCUCAUGUGUUUGAGUGUAACCUGGAGAGCAGCGUGGAGAGCAUCAUCUCACCAAAGGUGAAAAUGGCUUUACGAACAUCGGGACACCUGCUGCUGGGGGUGGUGAGGAUCUAUCACAGGAAGGCUAAGUACCUGCUGGCUGACUGUAACGAGGCCUUCAUCAAGAUUAAGAUGGCAUUCCGUCCAGGAGUGGUAGAUCUCCCAGAAGAGAACAGGGAAGCUGCCUACAACGCCAUCACGCUACCCGAGGAGUUUCACGAUUUUGACCAACCGCUACCUGACCUAGAUGACAUCGACGUGGCUCACCAGUUCAACUUGAAUCAGAGCCGAGUGGAAGAAAUCACCAUGAGAGAGGAGGUGGGCAACCUCCCCCUGCUACCAGACACCGAUUUCGCUAAUUUUGGCAUGGAUGACCGUGAGAUGAUGCGAGAGGAGAGCGCGUUUGAGGUGGACAUCAUGAGUUCCUCAGCUUCCAACCUCCUGCUGGAGGCUGAGGGCGGAGCUAAUCAGAUGGCGGACAAGUCCAACCACCUGGAGUAUGAUGAGCAGUACAAGGACGACUUUGGUGAUAAUCCCAUGGAGAGCAACGGAGGGGGCAUGCUUGUUGCCAAGCUGUUAGGUAAUGAGGAUGGAGGUGGCAUAUUUGACGACCCCCCCACCAUCACAGACAGCAUGAUGAUGCCUCAGGACCACGGGGAGGAUGAGGAUGACUUCGAUGCUCUGUCAGCGGGAGCCCCAGACAGUCCCGACUCCGGCCCGACAGAACCGGCCCCGGCCAUGACGGACCAGCAGGAGCAAACUGCUCUGGCUCACAAUGAGGAAGAAACUUUCGCGCUGGAGCCCAUCGACAUCACAGUGAAGGAGACCAAGGCGAAGCGUAAAAGGAAGCUGAUCGUAGACAGCGUGAAGGAGCUGGACAGUAAAACUAUCCGGGCACAGCUUUCCGACUACUCCGACAUCGUCACAACCUUAGAUCUGGCCCCGCCCACUAAAAAACUGAUGAUGUGGAAGGAGACUGGAGGAGUUGAGAAGCUCUUCUCCCUCCCUGCUCAGUCUCUCUGGAACGCCAGGCUGCUGAAGAUGUUCACGAGAUGCCUGACGCCGCUCGUCCCAGAUGAGCUCAGGAAGAGGAGGAAAGGUGGGGAGGCAGACAGUCUAGAUGAGUUCCUGAAGGACCUGGAGAACCCAGACGUGCCAAGGGAAGCAGGAGCUCUUCAGCAAAGAGAUAUCAUCGAUCAGACCAUCAUGGAGGAAGCUAACACGGUGCAGAACUCAGCCGUGGAGGGGAGCAGGACAACGCUGGACGAAGUCGCCAUGCCUCCACCGUCCUCCCAGAGAGGCCAGAAGCGCAAAUCCCAGGACUCAGAUACAGUCCUACCUACAGGAAACCUGGACGAGCAGCAGCAACAGAUGCAGCAAGAGGGAUCAAAUGCAGCUCCUACCCAACAACUCGAAGCCACCACAGUAGAUUUGCCCCCUGAAGAGACCGCCGCCAGCAUCAGCCAGCUAAUAGAGCUGGACUUACUAGCUGAUAAGGACAAGAAGAAGAACGACGAUGACUCGGAUGAAGAGGAGGAGGAGACACAGGGAGGAGAGCAGGACCAGGAGGAGAGGAGGUGGAACAAAAGAACUCAGCAGAUGCUUCAUGGCCUACAGAGGGUGAUGGCCAAAACUGGUGCUCAGUCAGUCAGCCUGUUGGACCUGUGUAGGAACAACAAUAGAAAGCAGGCGGCUGCCAAGUUCUACAGUUUCCUGGUUCUGAAGAAGCAGCAAGCAGUGGAGCUGGUCCAAGAGGAGCCAUACAGUGACAUUGUUGCUACACCAGGACCUCGUUUCAACAUAAUCUAAGCUUCCAGCACAGCAGUUUGAAAGGAGAAAAGACAACUUUGCUCUGAGGGGCCUUAUAUAGCAGCAGUGUUAUUAUUUAACUGUAAUCUAUGAUUGUUUGAUUUUUAUUUUAUUUCUGUUACACAAGUAUUUGUUCUCAAAAUACUACAGAAUAGUAACAUAUAAUUCUUAUGGAUUAUGAAAAUAUAAGUUGUCUGGAAUAACUGCAUGCCAUCUUCCUUUUAAUAUUAAGGCUGUGGUUCAUCUCCCUGUCUUUUGCUGAAAAUGAUUUAGCACUGUCUUGCUGUUUUUGAUUUUGUUUUGUUUUUUUGGUGGUAGUAAUAUACAGUGUUGUUUGUAUGCAGAGUAAGUAUUGCUUAUUUUAUACAUGGAAGCAAAUUUAUAUUCUAAAAAAAAAGCCUUGCUAAAAAAAAGCUAAAAAAAUGUAUAAUAUAUAUAUAUAUGUAUCACUGUGUGCUAAUUUUCCCUCUUCAGCCAAAUUAUCUUAAUUUGCUGUUUUUCCUUAGUGCACUUCUGCUGCAGCUGAUUAUUUUCCAAUGUCUGAGCACGUUGUGUAUUUCAAAAUGUCAGCUUGUGCUUUAAUUUCAUUUGAAAAAAAAUGCAAAGACAAAUCAAGUGUUGCAGGUGUUGUCUUAAAGCACUUUAAAAAUCAGACAGCUCUGAGGUACAGUAACUGUUUUGUUUUUCCAAAAUAAAACACCAUGACAAGUGUGAGAAAUAGA